AACAAACAUUGGCUGCAUGAAAAAAUUGAAACAACAAAUAUACGGCUAUGGCCACACUCCAUCAACCAUUAUACCACUUGGAAUAAUACCUCUUCCAUUUUCACAAUCUGACCAAUAUUCAAUAUUAUUGAAAUUAAUCAAGAUUGCCGUAUAGUCAAACCCCUGGAUUGCUAAUUUAGUCAGCUUCUUUGAAUGGAUCAAGCAAGAAGAUAUCGUGCACGGUCUCCCAGGAUGAUCAACCCUCCUCAUGUUCUUACAUCCUCAGCUGCCGCCGCCGCCAUGAAUCGGCCGUACAGUGAUUCUUCGUGGGAAGAACGAGCUUUUGCAGAAGAUGCUGCACGAACUGCUCAAGGAUGCGUAUGGCCUCCCAGAUCUUAUACUUGCACUUUCUGCAAAAGGGAAUUCAGGUCUGCUCAGGCUUUGGGAGGCCAUAUGAAUGUCCACCGGAGAGAUCGAGCUAGGCUCAAACAAUUCCCAAUCUCCGACGAUCAAUUUCCAUGGAAUACCACUAACCCUAAACUUUCCGACGAUUCUGAGUCGUGGGUUUCUCUUUCACCCCCAUCUAACCUAACUAGGGUUUCUACUUCUCCACCAGUUGUCCGGAAAUUUGUCGAGGACAAGAAAGGAGAUUGUCCGAGGAACGAGGAUGUGGGAAGUUGCAAAAGGAGAAGAAUUAAUGAAGCAAAGAACUUUAGUUUCCUCCCAGGAUUGAGUGCAGUUGAUGAUGAUGAUCAGACAUGUUGUCUUCCCCAAUCCGAGGUGCUGAAAAAGUGCUUUGCUUCGACUGAGGAACUGCAGCUGGAUCUUGAGCUAAGGCUUGGAUAUGCUUCAUAGGCAGAGAGUUGGUGGCUGUUUUGGAAGGAUUGAGAAAAGUGAAAGAGGCUACACAGACACACUCUACAUAGACUACACAAAUUAAACACCAAAAAGCAUGAUGGAGCAACAGUCACAGGCUGACUUAAAGGGAAUCUAUGUUGUGUUGUAUUUGACUUAUCUUGUGUUCUUGGGAAUUGAGAUUUACAAAGAGACACAAAGCUAAAUG